UCAUUGUUGUUGGUUUUCUUAGACGAUUUCCAAAACUGCAGAAAAAGUCCUUCCUACUGCGAACCAGAAUGCCGAGUCGAGGAAUUCUUUUCGGGAUGCUAUGUUUGUAAAUGUGAAGAAGAAGAAGAACGUAAAAUGGAUGCUGAAUCAUUUGUAUGCUUCGAAGUAAAAGCGGAAGGCAGCUGCAGUGAAAAGAUCGAAAGAUUUUAUUACGACGCAAUUGCAAAUCAAUGUGAAAAAUUCAUUUAUACUGGCUGUGGAGGAAAUAAAAAUAAUUUUCCGACUCUUAAAAGUUGCAAGGAAACUUGCAAAGUUUCAGAUAGCCCCAUAACGGAAGCAGCUGAUACCUCGGAGAAUGACUCAGGAACUGCUUUAACUUUUAACAUUUGGAUGGUGGUUGUGCUUAUUUUCAUUUUUCAAGUACUUUAAAUAAUCAGCUUCUUUCAUUAUUUAUAAUAACACUCAUUAAUAAAAGAAUUUUUUAAAAUAUGA